CUAACGCGGGAGGGAGCCCGCGGCCGGGGCUGGACUCUCGCCCCGCCACCUCCGGCGACGCUCUCGGCUCAGCCUCGGCGCCUGGCGACCGCAGAAAGACUUGAAUGCAGCGAUCAUGUAAAUUAGAGAAAAAAGAUAAAAAUAAUCUCUGGAUAUUCCACUCACGUGAUAUUUAUUCUGGAUGAAGCAUUGAGAUCGCUGCUAGAAGCUUACUACUGGAAUUCACUGCUGUAGAGAGAACCUCAGAAGUGAGAGUGAGAAAAAUGGAGACGCGAUAACUUCAAGUGCAUAUGGUGGAUAUAGAUUUCUGCUGCAAGGAAAUAAUAGCUGGCGAUGGAAUUUCAUUCUUUUGACUUCUAGAUUCCUUGCCAAGAGCUGUUUCGUGAGACAGUCUGCUUUCUAAGAAGUCUGGGUGGUCACCGUUCUCCACGGGGCAGAGCCAGGGGGCCCAGACACAGUGCACUGAGCUUGCUGGCAGCUGGCCUACCUGGAGGUCAGGGGCGGCCCCCUGGGAAGACACAGGAGUGGUAGAAAGAUGGCUCUGCUGAGAUAAGCUCUUAAUUAAUGCACUGAGAGCUUAGGAGUCCCACCUCUCAACAGGAAUGAUUGACGUUCAAGGAUACAUAAAUUACACUAAUUGAGCCCUGCCUCUAUAAUAGACUUCCUAGAGCAACUCAUCAGAGAAGCUAGGCUUGUACCACAACCAGUACCUUUGCUUGACAACUCUAAUGUGCAAACUGCCACAAGAUUGGUGGAGAAUACAGCUUUUGGAGUUCCUACUCUUCUAAGACAAAGCGAUUUCAAAUUUCUGUGCAAGCAAGAAAACUAAAGACGUCUUUAAAGAAGAAGAGAAGACAGGCCGAUGAGAAUUGAGCCCUGAGCGUAAUUUCUAACAGCCAGGACUGAUGUGCACACGGAAGGAAUGAAGUAUGGAUGUGAAGGAACGCAGGCCUUACUGCUCCCUGACCAAGGGCCGUCGCGAGAAGGAGCGGCGCUACACGAAUUCCUCCGCAGACAGUGAGGAGUGCCGCGUGCCCACGCAGAAGUCUUACAGCUCCAGCGAGACCUUGAAAGCUUUUGAUCACGAUUCCUCACGGCUGCUUUACGGGAACAGAGUGAAGGAUUUGGUCCACAGAGAAGCAGACGAGUACACCAGACAAGGACAGAAUUUUACCCUAAGGCAGUUAGGCGUUUGUGAACCAGCAACUCGAAGAGGACUGGCAUUUUGUGCGGAAAUGGGGCUCCCCCACAGAGGUUACUCUAUCAGUGCAGGGUCAGAUGCUGACACUGACAAUGAAGCAGUGAUGUCCCCAGAGCAUGCCAUGAGACUGUGGGGCAGGGGGGUCAAGUCAGGCCGCAGCUCCUGCCUGUCAAGUCGGUCCAACUCAGCCCUCACCCUGACAGACACGGAGCACGAGAACAAGUCGGACAGUGAAGCCGAGCAACCUGCAAAUAACCAAGGCCAGUCCACCCUGCAGCCUUUGCCACCUUCCCAUAAGCAACACUCUGCACAGCAUCAUCCAUCCAUCACUUCUCUCAAUAGAAACUCCCUGACCAAUAGAAGGAACCAGAGUCCGGCCCCGCCGGCUGCUUUGCCCGCCGAGCUGCAAACCACACCCGAGUCCGUCCAGCUGCAGGACAGCUGGGUCCUUGGCAGUAAUGUACCACUGGAAAGCAGGCAUUUCCUAUUCAAAACAGGAACGGGGACCACGCCACUGUUCAGCACUGCGACCCCAGGAUACACAAUGGCGUCUGGUUCUGUUUACUCGCCGCCUACUCGGCCGCUGCCUAGAAACACCCUGUCAAGAAGCGCUUUCAAGUUCAAGAAGUCUUCCAAGUACUGCAGCUGGAAGUGCACCGCCCUGUGCGCCGUAGGGGUCUCGGUGCUCCUGGCAGUACUCCUGUCCUACUUCAUAGCAAUGCAUCUCUUUGGCCUCAACUGGCAGUUACAGCAGACUGAAAAUGACACGUUUGAGAACGGAAAAGUGAAUUCUGACACCAUGCCAACCAACACUGUAUCGUUACCUUCUGGUGACAAUGGAAAAUUCGGCGGAUUUACGCAAGAAAAUAACACCAUAGAUUCUGGAGAACUUGAUGUUGGCCGAAGAGCAAUUCAAGAGGUCCCUCCCGGGAUCUUCUGGAGAUCACAGCUCUUUAUCGACCAGCCACAGUUUCUUAAGUUCAAUAUCUCUCUUCAGAAGGAUGCAUUGAUUGGAGUGUAUGGCCGAAAAGGCUUGCCACCCUCCCAUACCCAGUACGACUUUGUGGAGCUCCUGGACGGCAGUAGGCUGAUUGCGAGAGAGCAGCGGAACCUGGUCGAGUCGGAGCGAGCCGGGCGGCAGGCCAGGUCUGUCAGUCUCCACGAGGCCGGCUUCAUCCAGUACUUGGAUUCGGGAAUCUGGCAUCUGGCUUUUUAUAAUGACGGGAAGAGUGUGGAGCAGGUGUCAUUCAAUACUAUCGUUAUAGAGUCUGUGGUGGAAUGCCCCCGAAAUUGCCAUGGAAAUGGGGAGUGUGUUUCUGGAACUUGCCAUUGUUUUCCAGGAUUUCUGGGUCCGGACUGUUCAAGAGCAGCCUGUCCAGUGCUGUGCAGCGGCAACGGGCAGUACUCCAGGGGUCGCUGCCUCUGCUUCAGCGGCUGGAAGGGCACCGAGUGCGAUGUGCCGGCCACGCAGUGCGUAGACCCGCAGUGCGGCGGGCGUGGCAUCUGUAUCAUGGGCUCUUGUGCGUGCAACUCAGGAUACAAAGGAGAAAACUGUGAAGAAGCUGACUGUCUAGACCCUGGAUGUUCUAAUCACGGUGUGUGUAUCCAUGGGGAAUGUCACUGCAAUCCAGGAUGGGGCGGGAACAAUUGUGAAAUUCUCAAGACCAUGUGUCCAGACCAGUGUUCUGGUCAUGGAACGUAUCUUCAAGAAAGUGGCUCCUGUACUUGUGACCCGAAUUGGACAGGCCCAGACUGCUCAAAUGAAAUAUGUUCUGUGGACUGUGGCUCCCAUGGGGUUUGCAUGGGGGGGACUUGUCGCUGUGAAGAAGGCUGGACGGGCCCGGCGUGUAACCAGAGAGCCUGCCACCCGCGCUGUGCAGAGCACGGGACCUGCAAGGACGGCAAGUGUGAAUGCAGCCAAGGCUGGAACGGAGAGCACUGCACCAUCGCUCACUAUUUGGAUAAGAUAGUUAAAGACAAGAUAGGAUAUAAAGAGGGUUGUCCCGGUCUGUGCAACAGCAAUGGGAGAUGCACGCUGGACCAAAACGGCUGGCAUUGUGUCUGCCAGCCGGGCUGGAGAGGAGCAGGCUGCGACGUGGCCAUGGAGACCCUCUGCGCCGACAGCAAGGACAACGAGGGAGAUGGACUCAUUGACUGUAUGGACCCGGAUUGCUGUUUACAGAGUUCCUGCCAAAAUCAGCCCUACUGUCGCGGAUUGCCUGACCCCCAGGACAUCAUUAGCCAAAGCUUACAGUCCCCGCCUCAGCAGGCUGCCAAGUCCUUCUACGACCGCAUCAGUUUUCUCAUAGGAUCUGACAGCACCCAUGUCAUACCUGGAGGAAGUCCUUUCAAUAAGAGCCUUGCAUCCGUCAUCAGAGGCCAAGUACUAACUGCUGAUGGGACGCCACUCAUUGGAGUGAAUGUCUCAUUUUUCCAUUACCCGGAAUACGGAUAUACCAUCACCCGCCAGGAUGGCAUGUUUGACUUGGUGGCAAAUGGUGGGGCUUCUCUAACUCUGGUAUUUGAACGAUCCCCGUUCCUCACUCAGCACCAUACUGUAUGGAUUCCGUGGAACGUCUUUUAUGUGAUGGAUACCCUCGUCAUGAAGAAAGAGGAGAAUGACAUUCCCAGCUGUGACCUGAGUGGCUUCGUGCGGCCAAACCCUAUCAUUGUGUCGUCACCCUUGUCUACGUUUUUUAGAUCUUCUCCCGAAGACAGUCCCAUUAUUCCUGAGACGCAGGUGCUUCAUGAAGAAACCACAAUUCCAGGAACAGAUUUGAAACUUUCCUACCUGAGUUCCAGAGCUGCAGGAUACAAGUCAGUACUCAAGAUCACCAUGACCCAGUCUGUUAUACCGUUUAAUUUAAUGAAGGUUCAUCUUAUGGUAGCUGUCGUGGGAAGACUCUUUCAGAAGUGGUUCCCCGCCUCACCCAACCUGGCCUAUACUUUCAUAUGGGAUAAAACAGAUGCAUAUAACCAAAAGGUCUAUGGGCUAUCGGAAGCUGUUGUGUCGGUUGGAUACGAAUACGAGUCGUGUUUGGACCUGACUCUGUGGGAGAAAAGGACCGCCGUCUUGCAAGGCUAUGAAUUAGAUGCUUCCAACAUGGGUGGUUGGACAUUAAAUAAGCAUCACGUAUUGGACGUUCAAAAUGGCAUACUGUACAAGGGGAACGGGGAAAACCAGUUUAUCUCCCAGCAGCCUCCGGUCGUCAGCAGCAUCAUGGGCAACGGGCGCAGACGCAGUAUCUCGUGCCCGAGCUGCAACGGCCAAGCCGAUGGGAAUAAGCUGUUGGCCCCGGUGGCCUUGGCGUGUGGCAUUGACGGCAGUCUGUACGUGGGGGAUUUCAACUAUGUUCGGCGGAUCUUCCCUUCUGGAAACGUCACAAGUGUUUUAGAACUAAGAAAUAAAGAUUUUAGACAUAGCAGCAACCCAGCUCAUAGAUACUACCUCGCAACCAAUCCAGUCACAGGAGAUUUGUAUGUUUCUGACACUAACACCCGCCGGAUUUAUCGCCCGAAGUCCCUCACCGGUGCCAAAGACUUGACUAAAAAUGCCGAAGUGGUUGCAGGGACAGGAGAACAGUGCCUUCCCUUUGAUGAAGCCAGAUGUGGGGAUGGAGGGAAGGCUGUGGAAGCAACACUCAUGAGUCCCAAAGGAAUGGCGAUCGACAAGAAUGGAUUAAUCUACUUUGUUGAUGGAACCAUGAUCAGAAAAGUUGAUCAAAAUGGAAUCAUUUCAACUCUCCUGGGCUCUAACGAUCUGACUUCAGCCAGACCUUUAACGUGCGACACUAGCAUGCACAUCAGCCAGGUACGUCUGGAAUGGCCCACUGACCUCGCCAUUAACCCCAUGGAUAACUCCAUUUAUGUCCUGGAUAAUAAUGUAGUUUUACAGAUUACGGAAAACCGUCAGGUGCGCAUCGCUGCGGGACGGCCCAUGCACUGCCAGGUGCCAGGAGUGGAAUAUUCUGUGGGGAAGCACGCAGUUCAGACAACACUGGAGUCGGCCACUGCCAUUGCCGUGUCCUACAGCGGGGUCCUGUACAUCACCGAAACCGACGAGAAGAAAAUCAACCGGAUAAGGCAGGUCACGACAGAUGGGGAGAUCUCCCUGGUGGCCGGGAUCCCUUCGGAGUGUGACUGCAAAAAUGACGCCAAUUGUGACUGCUACCAGAGCGGAGACGGCUACGCCAAAGAUGCCAAACUGAGCGCUCCGUCCUCCCUCGCCGCCUCUCCGGAUGGCACCCUGUACAUCGCAGACCUGGGGAACAUUCGGAUCCGGGCCGUGUCGAAGAACAAGCCUUCACUUAACUCCAUGAACUUUUACGAGGUUGCCUCUCCGACUGACCAAGAGCUCUACAUCUUUGACAUCAACGGCACUCACCAGCACACUGUCAGCCUGGUCACCGGCGAUUACCUGUACAACUUCAGCUACAGCAACGAUAAUGACGUUACCGCCGUGACCGACAGCAACGGCAACACCCUCCGCAUCAGGCGGGACCCAAACCGGAUGCCAGUUCGGGUGGUGUCUCCGGAUAACCAAGUGAUAUGGCUGACCAUAGGAACAAACGGAUGUUUGAAAAGCAUGACUGCGCAAGGGGUGGAAUUAGUUUUGUUUACUUACCACGGCAAUAGCGGCCUCUUAGCCACCAAAAGCGAUGAAACUGGAUGGACAACAUUUUUUGACUAUGACAGUGAGGGUCGUCUGACCAACGUGACAUUUCCAACCGGAGUGGUCACAAACCUUCAUGGAGACAUGGACAGGGCCAUCACGGUGGACAUUCAGUCAUCCAGCCGAGAAGAAGAUGUCAGCAUCACUUCAAAUCUGUCCUCCAUCGACUCAUUCUACACCAUGGUUCAAGAUCAGUUAAGAAACAGCUACCAGAUCGGUUAUGACGGCUCCCUUCGCAUCAUCUCCGCCAGCGGCCUGGACUCCCACUACCAGACGGAGCCCCACGUGCUGGCCGGCACGGCUAACCCGACAGUUGCCAAACGAAACAUGACUCUUCCUGGUGAAAAUGGUCAGAAUUUGGUGGAAUGGAGAUUCCGCAAAGAGCAAGCCCAAGGAAAAGUCAACGUGUUCGGUCGAAAGCUCAGGGUUAACGGCAGAAACCUCCUCUCGGUUGACUUUGAUCGAACCACCAAGACAGAAAAGAUCUAUGAUGACCACCGUAAAUUCCUCCUGCGGAUCGCCUACGACACGUCAGGGCACCCGACGCUCUGGCUGCCCAGCAGCAAGCUGAUGGCCGUCAACGUCACCUACUCAUCCACAGGGCAGAUUGCCAGCAUCCAGCGAGGAACCACGAGCGAGAAAGUGGAUUAUGAUGGACAGGGGAGAAUCGUCUCCCGGGUUUUCGCUGACGGUAAAACGUGGAGUUACACGUACUUAGAGAAGUCCAUGGUCCUUCUGCUCCACAGCCAGCGGCAGUACAUCUUCGAAUAUGAUAUGUGGGACCGGCUGUCUGCCAUCACCAUGCCCAGCGUGGCUCGCCACACCAUGCAGACCAUCCGCUCCAUCGGCUACUACCGUAACAUAUACAACCCCCCGGAAAGCAACGCCUCCAUCAUCACGGACUACAACGAGGAAGGGCUGCUUCUGCAGACGGCGUUCCUGGGGACCAGUCGGAGGGUCUUAUUCAAGUACAGAAGGCAGACCAGGCUCUCAGAGAUUUUAUACGACAGCACGAGAGUCAGUUUUACCUACGAUGAAACGGCAGGCGUCCUCAAAACUGUAAACCUCCAGAGUGAUGGUUUUAUUUGCACCAUCAGAUACAGGCAGAUUGGCCCUCUGAUUGACAGACAGAUUUUCCGCUUUAGUGAAGACGGGAUGGUAAACGCAAGAUUUGACUACAGCUAUGACAACAGCUUCCGGGUGACCAGCAUGCAGGGUGUCAUCAAUGAGACGCCCCUGCCCAUUGACCUCUAUCAGUUUGAUGACAUUUCUGGAAAAGUGGAGCAGUUUGGAAAGUUUGGAGUUAUAUACUACGAUAUUAACCAGAUCAUUUCCACGGCCGUGAUGACGUACACGAAGCACUUCGACGCCCACGGCCGCAUCAAGGAAAUCCAGUAUGAGAUAUUCCGGUCGCUCAUGUACUGGAUUACAAUUCAGUACGAUAACAUGGGCCGGGUAACCAAGAGGGAGAUCAAAAUAGGGCCCUUCGCCAACACCACCAAAUACGCUUAUGAGUACGACGUGGACGGUCAGCUCCAGACAGUGUACCUCAAUGAAAAAAUCAUGUGGCGUUACAACUACGAUCUGAACGGGAACCUCCACCUGCUGAACCCAAGUAACAGCGCCCGUCUGACACCCCUGCGCUACGACCUGCGGGACAGGAUCACCCGACUGGGUGAUGUUCAGUAUCGGCUGGAUGAAGACGGCUUCCUGCGCCAAAGGGGCACGGAGAUCUUCGAGUACAGCUCCAAGGGGCUUCUCACCCGAGUUUACAGUAAAGGCAGCGGCUGGACGGUGCUCUAUCGCUACGACGGCCUGGGAAGGCGGGUCUCCAGCAAGACCAGCCUGGGGCAGCACCUGCAGUUCUUUUAUGCCGACCUGACUUACCCCACCAGGAUUACGCAUGUCUACAACCAUUCGAGUUCGGAGAUCACCUCCCUCUAUUACGAUCUCCAAGGACAUCUUUUCGCCAUGGAAAUCAGUAGCGGGGAUGAAUUCUACAUCGCCUCAGAUAACACGGGGACACCGCUGGCUGUUUUCAGCAGCAACGGGCUUAUGCUAAAACAGAUUCAGUACACUGCAUAUGGCGAAAUCUAUUUUGACUCCAAUAUUGACUUUCAACUGGUAAUUGGAUUUCACGGUGGCUUGUAUGACCCACUCACAAAAUUAAUCCACUUUGGAGAAAGAGAUUAUGAUAUUUUGGCAGGACGAUGGACAACGCCUGACAUCGAGAUCUGGAAAAGAAUUGGGAAGGACCCAGCUCCUUUCAACCUGUAUAUGUUUAGGAAUAACAACCCUGCGAGCAAAAUCCAUGAUGUCAAAGACUACAUCACAGAUGUUAACAGCUGGCUGGUGACAUUUGGCUUCCAUCUGCACAAUGCUAUUCCUGGAUUCCCUGUCCCCAAAUUUGAUUUAACGGAGCCUUCUUACGAGCUUGUGAAGAGUCAGCAGUGGGAUGACAUACCGCCCAUUUUUGGAGUCCAGCAGCAAGUGGCCAGGCAGGCCAAGGCCUUCCUGUCCCUGGGGAAGAUGGCCGAGGUGCAGGUGAGCAGGCGCAAGGGCGGCGGCGCGCCGUCAUGGCUGUGGUUCGCCACGGUCAAGUCGCUGAUCGGCAAGGGCGUCAUGCUGGCCGUGAGCCAGGGCCGCGUGCAGACCAACGUGCUCAACAUCGCCAACGAGGACUGCAUCAAGGUGGCGGCCGUGCUCAACAACGCCUUCUACCUGGAGAACCUGCACUUCACCAUCGAGGGCAAGGACACGCACUACUUCAUCAAGACCAGCACGCCCGAGAGCGACCUGGGCACGCUGCGCCUGACGAGCGGCCGCAAGGCGCUGGAGAACGGCAUCAACGUGACGGUGUCGCAGUCCACCACCGUGGUCAACGGCAGGACUCGCAGGUUCGCCGACGUGGAGAUGCAGUUCGGGGCGCUGGCGCUGCACGUGCGCUACGGCAUGACGCUGGACGAGGAGAAGGCGCGCAUCCUGGAGCAGGCGCGCCAGCGCGCGCUCGCCCGGGCCUGGGCGCGCGAGCAGCAGCGCGUGCGCGACGGCGAGGAGGGCGCGCGCCUCUGGACGGAGGGCGAGAAGCGGCAGCUGCUGAGCGCCGGCAAGGUGCAGGGCUACGACGGGUACUACGUACUCUCGGUGGAGCAGUACCCCGAGCUGGCCGACAGCGCCAACAACAUCCAGUUCCUCCGCCAGAGCGAGAUCGGCAAGAGGUAACCCCCCCGGGCCGGCGGCAGGGAUGAGCGGCCGCCCCCGCGGGAACCGAGCCGGCGGGGCGCCGCCUGCCUGGCCAGCCCCAGCCGCACCUCUGCUCAGAUCAGUCUGUAGCACAAUCCGAGGGGGACUCUCCGGCACCGAAGAGCCUUCCGGGAGAACCAGACUGCUAUUACAGAAAAUCCACGGAGAAUUAAAAAAACAAACAAAACGCCAAAACUUUCUUCUGAAUGACCUUAAAGGUGAUCGGCUUUAAAGAAUAUGUUUACAUAUGCAUAUCGCUGCACUCAUUUGGACUGAAAGUGUUACAAAGAAAACAGAUCAUUAAAGAAAGGAAAAAUAAAAGGAAAGGCCCAAACGUUUUGCUCUGGGCCGGCUGUUCUUUGAGGCACUGUAUUUAACGAAGGUAGAAAUGCAUACAGUGUUUCCAAAUAUUACUGAAUUGUCGACCUUUGCUUACAAGAAGUAGUCUCUCUGCAUAGGAUGUGAUAUAUAUCUCUGUUAAUUUUGAAAUGUGGGGCAAAUUUACCGUUUAUAGACAAUCCAGCUGCUUUCCCUGUGCUGCUUUGUAAAAGGACAUUGGCACCAGUGACUUCUGCCACAGCGGGGAUUUCAUAAUGGAUUUUACAACGCUAACGUGGUUUGCCUUGGGGGAAACAAACUGGCAAAUACAAUCCUUGUCACUGAUAAGCAAAGGAAAUCCUGAUUUUUUUGUAAAUUAUGUGAGACAAGUUGUUUAUGGAUUUUUAUAUGAAUUACAAUUUACUGUACAUCAAAUAUUAGUCUCAGAGGAGUUAAUUUAUGUAAAGUGUUUAAAAAAGUUUAUACUUAAAAAUAAAAUGAUAAAAACA